AUGGUUCGCGCUACUACUCUCUUCGCCGGUCUGGCUGGUCUGGCCGGUAUUGUCUCGGCCCACCCUGGCCACGAUGUCAAGGCCGAGGCCGCUGAGCGUGCCGCCUUCUUGAAGAACUCCCCCGUCCAGGCUCGUGGUCUGAGCCAGUGUGAUACCAAGCUCAAGGCUCGUGGUCUUGAGAACACCAACGUUGCUCGUCGUCAGAGGGCUGUCGAGAACUUGCGUCGCAAGAGAGGCCUUGCUUCUAGCGCCCCUCUCAAGUCCCGCGAUGUCUCUUCGUUGAACACCACCCACCACUCCGAUCUCAAGGGUGUCACUACCAACAUUGACCCCGAAGUCCUCUUCGCCUACAACCCCACUUGUGUCCUUGGUCCUGAUGUGACCCAGGGUCCUUACUAUGUCACCGGUGAAUUGAUCCGUUCGGACAUUUCGGAGGACCAGGAGGGUGUUCCUCUCUUCCUCGACAUCCAGCUUGUUGACUCCAACACUUGCGAGCCUGUUCCUGAGAUCUACAUGGACAUCUGGCACUGCAACUCUACUGGUGUCUACUCCGGUGUUUCUGCCAGUGGUAACGGCAACUCCGACGACGAGACCAACCUCGACGCAACCUUCCUCCGUGGUCUCCAGAAGACCGACAAGGAGGGUGUCACCCAGUUCGAGACCGUCUUCCCCGGCCAUUACACCGGCCGCGCCACCCACAUCCACGUCCUCUCUCACCCCGCCAACGAGACCAAGGUCCUCAAGAACAACACCAUCAGCGGCCUCUACACCGCCCACUCCAACUGGGUCGGCCAGAUCUUCUUCGACCAGGACCUCAUCUCCACCGUCGAGAAGCUUGAGCCCUACAACACCAACACCCAGGAACUCACCACCAACGCCGAAGAUGACAUCCUCCUCCAGGAAGCUGACACCAUCGACCCCUUCGUCGAGUACGUCUUCCUCGGUGACAAGCCCCAGGACGGUAUUUUUGCUUGGAUCUCCGCGGCCAUCGAUGUCACCGGUGACAGUGACGUUACUCCCGCCGCUUACCGCACUGAGAACGGUGGUGUUUCUAACCCCAACAGCGGUAUGGGUAUGGGUGGUGGCUCUCCCCCGGGUGGUUCUUCCCCUAGCGGAAGCGCUGCUCCCAGCUCCAGCUCUAGCGCUUAA